AUGGCUGCUCCUGCUGCUUUCUCCGACAUCGCCAAGGCGGCCAACGAUCUCCUGAACAAGGACUUCUACCACACCAACCCUGCCAGCCUUGAGGUCAAGUCCAACGCUCCCAAUGGUGUCACCUUCACCGUGAGGGGCAAGUCCGCCCACGAGGGUCCCAUUGCUGGCUCUCUCGAGGCCAAGUACGUUGACAAGCCAAUUGGCCUCACUCUCACCCAGGCUUGGUCCACCAACAACGCCCUCGACACCAAGCUCGAGCUGGACAACAACAUUGCCAAGGGUCUCAAGGCUGAGAUCCUUACGCAGUACCUGCCAAGCUCCCAGUCCAAGGGUGCUAAGCUGAACCUGUACUUCAAGCAGCCCAACCUGCACGCUCGUGCCUUCUUCGACCUCCUCAAGGGACCCACUGCCAACCUGGACGUCGUCCUCGGCCACGAGGGCUUCCUGGUCGGUGCUGAGGGUGGCUACGAUGUCCAGAAGGCCGCUAUCACCAAAUACUCUGCUGCCGUCGGCUACAGCCUUCCUCAGUACUCUGCUGCCAUCACUGCCAGCAACAACCUCUCUCUGUUCUCUGCCAGCUACUACCACCGCGUGAACGAGCAGGUUGAGGCUGGUGCUAAGGCUACCUGGGACUCCAAGGCCGGCAACAGCGUCGGCCUCGAGGUUGCCAGCAAGUACAGGCUGGACCCGUCUUCUUUCGCUAAGGUCAAGAUCAACGACCGCGGUAUUGCUGCUCUUGCCUACAACGUUCUGCUCCGCCCUGGCGUCACUCUCGGCCUCGGCGCCUCUUUCGACACCCAGAACCUGAACCAGGCUGCCCACAAGGUUGGUGCCAGCUUCACCUUCGAGGGCUAA